AUGUCGGAGAAGAAGCAGGGAACGCAUACGCCUCUGACUCAGGCUCAACUUGCAGCGCUGGCCAGCCGCAACUCGAGCGCUAUGCGCCGGAAAGCCGCUGUGCAGGCCGCCAACAAGCCCCACAGCACCCGCGAGGCCGGCGCAGGUGGUAGCACGAACACUAUGAUGCGCAUCAACACAGAGGACAGCAAGGGUCUGAGCGUCGACCCCGUCAUUGUGCUUGUGCUGUCCGUGGCAUUCGUGCUAAGUGUUGUCUUGCUGCAUAUUCUCGGAAAGGUGGCACGCUACUUUAUUAAGUAA